AUGUCGGGUGAGAUCACAGUCCUACUUCUUGCUCGUGGUGACGAUCGUGAUAAGAGCCCAACUAUUUACACGUGGAAGCCUGGUGGUCCUCUGCUCCAGAAACGCGUAAUGGAGAGCUUCCACGUUAGCCUCAAUAUUGGCUCUCCCGGAUGUCACCCUCCGCCAGAAGCCUUGGUCCUACUCGAUGGUGACUUCCCAGGUCGGAAGUUGAGAGCCCUCGAUCUUUUCGAGGGCAGCGUGAUAUAUGAGGUCGAUGCCCCUAAGGGUUCAGAGUAUUCAGCUUGGUUCUUCAUCGACAGCUCUGCUGCAAAAACAGAUCGUUCUCGAAUAGACUUCGGCCUGCUAUGGGGUACAGCUAAAGUGCAGAACACCUCGUGGCAGCUCCUAUGCUGGUCUCCAAAAUAUCAGUAA